AUGGCAGCCUCUGCCAUCGCUUUCUUGGUCGAGUCUUCCUCACCAGUAAAUGUUUCUUAUUUGGGUUUCGCCCCCAGGGCUGCUAUCAGCGCUGAAGGGCCCGCAGCAGCAGCAGCGGCGGUAGCGGAGCCUCGCAGUGGGGACGCAUCGAAGCUACGGGGCGGCGUACUUAGCGCACCAGGGAUAGAGCUAUACCCAAUCGCUACCGGCACCACCUUCCCCGCGUCCGAUACCGCUGUCGACUCGGUCACAGCUGCGGCUCGAGCCGCCAAAAGCAGUGCCGGCGGCGGCGGCGGCGGCUUCCUAGGCCUGUUCGGGAGGAAGCAAAACACCGAUGACGCUGCUGCCGCCGCAGCAGCAGCGCCGCCGCCGCCGCCAUCGGUGGUGGUGGAGUCCAGGGCCUCAGGGACUGCUGCAGGGACAGAGAGCCGGGGAAGCUCUCCUGCCGCCACUUCAACGUCCGCUCGAAGCGGCGGCCGGGGGGGUAGCAGGGCGGUGCCGGUUCCAGAAGCGGCGGCGGAGGAUGAGGAGUCAGUGGCGGCGGCGGUGCCAGCCCCCGGUGAUGGCGGAUCAUCGUCGUCGUCGUCGCUCACUUGGGUUUUGGAGAAAGCAGCUCUGCUAGCCGCCGGCGGCCUGGCGGGCGUGGCGGUUGUACGAACCGUUUCCUCGCCAGCAAAUCGAGCCGUCGACGUUGACGCCGUGGCGGCCGCCGCCGCUGCAGUGCGUGCCGCAAGGCCCCCUUCGCCCGGCGCUGGCGGCGCUGGUCCCGCCGCCGCGGUGGGGCCGCUGAAUAAUCAGGUUGAGUCGGCGCCGCGUGGGGCCGCUUAUGGAGCGUAUGAAGCGGCGGCGGAGUACCCAUACGGCGGGCCGCCGCCGCCGCCGCGGGGUGGAAGCGCUGGCGGCCGCCGAUGGCCAGGUCCACAGCGGCCGCCGUCGCCACCUGGUGCCGCCGCCGCCCCUACAGCGGCCGCCGGCCGCUGGCCGAGACCCGGUACGGUACCCGCCCAGGGCGGCCGGGGUCCCUGGCCAGCAAACCCCAGCCCCGGCCCAGGCGGCGCACCCAGCGCUGCCGUACCGCUGCCGUACAGUGAUUCAGCCGUGGACUACGAGGUCUUCCCGCCCCCGGGAUCCUAUUACGGGCCUCCGCCGCCGCCUUGGUGGCGGGAGCCAUACGCUGAAUACGACAGGUACGGCAUUCCGUACGGUCCACCGCUCCCGCCAUCGUACCGGGGCCCCGCAUGGGACGAGCCGGUCGCAGACACCGACGAGGCUGCGCCGCCGCCAGCGCCUGCACCGCCGCAGGAUCCGUACUAUUAUUACUACGGCGCGCCUGGCGGCGGUUACUGGGGUUGGGAUGCGGCGAGGCGCUGGGGCCCGCGGCCGCCGUACGACGCGUACGAUGGCUCUUACGGCGGAUAUGACCCAGCGGCGGCAGCCGCAGGUAUGCCGGGGCCCGUUCCGCCUCCGCCGACGUCACCGCCGACGUCACGGCCUCGUGGGUUCUCAGGUAUGAGGGCCAGCCCGGGCGCGAUGCUAGGGGUGAACCCUUGGGCUGGGGUUGAGGAGGCGGAGCAGCGCGAACAGGAGGCUUCCAGUGCGGCGCGAGCGCCGUCGCUGCCGCCGAAGUCACCGCCACCGACACGCAACCGCGGCGGCGAAGCCGCGGCGGCGCAAGCGCCGCAGCCCAAAGAUGACGACUUGGCCGACUUGGCAAAUGUUGACGCGGCGUUGGCGCAGCUUCAAGCACAGAUUGACGAGCUGCAGGGUGCGGAUCAGGAGUACGAGCGGCUGUUGAAGAUGUGGCGUGAGGCACAUCCGGACGAUUCCGAAAUGAUGGUGGGCGAUGCCGUACAGCAGGUUGACGGCGGUGCUGACGGAUCGAAGUCGAAACUCGACAUGGCGCUGCAGCGACCGCAGGUGGUUGGACAGAUGGCUGCAGAGCGGCCGCAGCUUCAGCCGCCAGCUGUUCUGAACACCGCGACCGCGACGGAGGCGAUGGAGGCGGCGGAGGCGGAGGCGGAGGGACAGGAAGGAAGCGGCGGCGGCAGCGGCAAGGGUCAGCCCGCAGCUGUACCUUCGUCGACUACCACAUCUGCUGCGACACCCCAAUCUAAUGGAGGCGGUGAUGGUGGUGGCGGUGGCGGUCCUGUGGGCUGGUUUUCGCGGGUGUUCAGGGGCUUAGCUGGCGGCGGCGGCAGAAGUGGAGACGGCGGCAAGGCAGCCACAGCUGCAACCCAGCAGGCGCCGCCGCCGUCGCAGCAAGGGGAGCAGCUACAGCAGCACUCCCAACCUCAACAGCUGCAGCUGAAGCAGCAGCAGGGGGGUUAUCAAGGACGUGAUGAAGGACGCGGGUUAGGACACCCAGGUGAGGUGACCCUGGCCGAUGACGGGAAACCAGGCGCAGCGGCGCCACAACAAAUCGUGACACAACAGCAACUGCGGCAGCAGCAGCAGCAGCAGCAGCCACGGGGGCGGCAAGAGGAGGUGUUUGAAGGAGUGGAGGAGGGCGCUCGGCGGCGGGAGGGGGUGAUUGAGGAGGCAGAGGCGGAGGCGGCCGAGCAGGCUCAAGCAGGGGCGGCGUUGGCCGCGGCGUUGGAGGCGGCUUUGCAGGGCCAGCUUGCCGAGCAGCAGCAUGGGGAGGAGCAACAACGGCAACGAGAGCUACAGCAGCUGAGCCAGAAGGAGAGCAUCCAGCAGCUCAAGGCGACGUCGGCGGCUGCGGCCGACCGAGCGGCGGAGACCCUGGCCCGCAUCCGGGCUAUGCGCGCCGCUGCACAAGCCGCUGGCACCCGCAGCAGCUCAGGCGGACGUUCGUACAGCAACGGUACCAACGGUACCAACGGCAGCUUUGGCCAGGCGCCUGCGGGCCGUACAGGGAACGGAACCGGUGAGGAAGCUGCCAGGGCCGAUAAGGCUGCGGAGGCGUCGAAGGCAAGGCAGCGGGAGAACAAUGAGAAGGCUGCGGAGGCGAAGCAAGAUGCUGCAGAGAUGCUGCUGUAG